AUGAAUUCCGCUUCAAUGAUGAAUGCGGUGCAUCAUUUUGCUCUGUGUAAAUACUACGUAACGUUCAAAAAAACCACUUUUAUUCAGCAGCACGACAACACUUUUAUUUAUUCGAAUUUUCUUCACAGCGAAAACAUUUUUUAUUUAUUCGAACUUCAUCUAGAGGCUUUGAGACUUAAAACGUUGAAGCAGACAAAAACAAAAGCCUCAGAAAUACAGCAGAAUGAAAUAGAACGUGCAAAGCAUCGUAGAAGACUCCGGCCUUACCUAAAAAUAUUUCUCCCUUCUUUCUGCAAGUUCACCGCAAAUCUAUUUUUUCAGCAGAGGUAGUUAGAGGCGUCUUUAUUUGUCUUUUUUGAGUGGCUCUCGAACAAGGAGAUUUUCUUGAAGUAGCGCUGGAGGAACGUAAAGAAAACGCGUUCCCAACUUCACGCAUCAAGCAUCUCUAUACUGGUGUGACACAUAGAAAGAAAAAGUGUUGCAGAAAAAGUUCAUGUCGCAUUAUUUUUGUAAUUGUCCGCCUAAACGCAACCGUCGUUUUUUGAAACAGAUUUUUUGCUCAAGACAUUCUUCAAGAUAGCGAGCGAGCUGCAGUGCUCACUCUCGGUAUUUCGUCACGACUGGUAGUACUUCUUCAGUGCCUACUUCAUUCUUGUCUGAUUCAGCAGCUUUUGCUUUCGUGUAGGAUGGAAAGCAUAACACUGAAAAGCAUGGUCCACACUCUAGAUUUCAAUUUGUCUCUGCUGUGGUCGAGCCACACGCAGGGGUUGCAGCGCUAUUUAUUGUGCAGAGGUCAAAACGUUGGCCUGGACACGACCACAACGAAAAUACCAACUGCGGAGGUCGCAUUGACAACAUUCAUGAGCAUUUCGGAUACACUUUUUUGUCUGACAAAACGCAAUGGUUUCACGACAUUCACAAAACCUCAAAU